AUGCAGAAAGGAAUAUUCGUUAGCGUUCCGGUUCUUGUCCUCUCCGUGUCCUUCGCUGCUGCUGUCGUCUUCCUCCUCUCCUCUUCUCUCUCCUCCUGCUCUUGUCCUUCAUCUGUUUCUUCUCCAAACAACGUCGGUGUAGCUUCAUUCAGGGGAGGUGUUAGUGACGUGAGGGUAGAGGAGAGGAUAUCUCCGACGCGGGAGGAUAUAGAGUGGGUUAGGGAUCUGAUUAGAUCCAACGGUUUGCAUAUGCAGAAGAAUGAGCUUAGGAAAGGGAUCAAUCCUCGUACUAGAGAUCAACAGCUCGCAGAUCUGAUUCAGUACAAGGGUAUUUCUCAUUACGAAGGAGAAGAAGCAAACAACCACACAGCUCUUCCAUGUCCUGGUGAGUUACUAGUUGAGCAGCAUCACAGCAACUACGGUGAGCCUUGGGCAGGUGGCCGUGAUGUAUUCGAGUUCUUGGCUGAAUCAUCCAAACUCAAACCAAACUCUCGUGUCCUCGAAAUAGGAUGUGGCACGUUACGUGUGGGUUUGCAUUUCAUACGCUAUCUCACUCCCACACAUUUCCACUGCCUUGAAAAGGAUGAGCUUUCUUUGAUGGCUGCUUUGAGGUACGAGCUCCCAUCUCAAGGUCUUCUACACAAACGGCCUCUUAUAGUAAGAGGAGACGAUAUGGAGUUCAGCAAGUUUGGCUCGGAUACAACUUAUGAUCUGAUAUACGCAAGUGCAGUGUUCCUCCACAUGCCUGAUAAGCUUGUGUGGACUGGUCUUGAGAGGCUAGUGGAGAAGUUAAAGCCUUAUGAUGGGAGGAUCUUUGUGUCGCAUAACGUUAAGUUUUGUUCGAGGUUAGGUGGAGAUGAGUGUGCAAAGAAGCUAGCGAGUUUGGGACUUGAGUAUCUUGGUAAACAAACACAUGAUAGCUUGCUGUUUAAUCACUACGAGAUCUGGUUCGGGUUUAGACGGAUAAAACCAUAA